AUGAGAAAAUACAGGGUGCAACUGAUGGGACUGAGUGAGACGAAAAGGAAGGGCCAAGGUCAAGUGCAAUUGGACGGAGGUUAUUGUUUGAGAUAUUCAGGAGUGGAUAAGACAAGACGAGCAGGAGAGGGAGUUGGAGUGGUGGUGUCAGGUGAGCUGGAAGGAAAAGUGACUGGAUGGAAGGCGGUAAGCUCAAGGAUUAUGUAUGUGGACUUGGAGAUGGAAGAGACUGUUACAGUAAUUCAAGUCUAUGCCCCAACAGAAGAUUACGACAUUGCAGAUAAAGAAGCAUUCUAUGAAGAAUUACAGAAGGAAAUGGAUAAGGCACGAGACAGAAGUAGGCAUGUUAUCAUAAUGGGAGACUGGAAUGGAAGAAUAGGGAGUGAGGUGAACAGAGGACAAGGCUGUAUGGGAAGGUUUGCUGGGGAUAGAAUCUUGAAUGAUAAUGGAGAAAGGAUCAUAGACUUUUGCCUGGAAAACAACCUUAUAAUUGGAAACACUUUUUACAACCACAAAAAGAUACACCAAGUUACAUAUUCAGCUUUGGGUAGACAGGCAGAGAGUGUAAUUGACUACAUGGUGUACACAAGAAACACAAACUAUGCUGUAUGCGAUGUGAAGGUCAUAAGGGGGGCAGAGCUGGCAACUGACCAUAAAUUGCUU